CACAGUCUCUAUGGUUACCGCAUAACACUCGGUGGCCCUGUGUUCACGGUUCUUUGGAAGUGUAGGAACUAAAAUGUCAGACUUAGGCUCAGAAGACAUGGAGGACCAGGGUCCCAAUCUUGGGUCAUAUGAAGGUGGUCGUAAUGAAGCUGGAGAAAGACAUGGACAAGGAAAAGCUUUAUUGCCCAAUGGGGAUAGGUAUGAUGGAGACUACAUCUGUGGACAGCGAUAUGGCAAGAUGUCGGCAGAUUCAAAUUGUCCAAUCACAUGGCGUAAAACGUGGAUUCUAAAUCCCGUAUUUUCCAAGUGUGUGUUUCCACGGAGACGCCCGCCAUCUUUGAUGGGGGUGUGGCAAGCCGCGACGACUUCAAGCUUGCUGUAUCCAAUGCUUCUUCGAUGAAAGGCCUCUCUACGAUGCAAAAAGAAACUGAGAUGAAGACCUUUUUAGCGUCACCCAGCGAGAGCGGACGACGGACACGGACGACCUGACGGCCAGCACGGCCACCGUAUAAAUAGGAUAUAUUGCUUGUCAAUGGAAAUACACAAUUUAGACGGCCUCGGAGCCCUUAGUUGCGUCUUCGCUGCACUCAGACAGCUACAGCUCAGGGCUCCUCGGGCCGUCUAUUAACGCGCAGUAUAAUCAAAUAAUCUCCUCAAACUCUCCAAUGGUAGCACACAUAGAGAUGAAACUUGGUAAGUAUGCCUAUUAUAUAAAAAUCAUGUGAAAGCUGAUACCCCCAACCCCAUCACACAAUCCCUAUAUUGUUGCCUGGUGUGCUACGUACUCUUAUUGAAGAGUGUCAGUGUGACUCUUACUCUUGCCAC